AAAUAAUCACCCCUAUUAAUAAAAAACAUGGCUCGCGGUAAUCAAAGAGAACAAUCUCGUGCAAAGAAUCAAAAGAAGAAGGAAAAGGAGCAAAAGGGCAAAGCCAACAUGAAUGGCCAAAGUCUCACCCAAAAGAAAGAAAGUGAUGCUGCCAUUAUGCGUGCUAAGCAAGAAGCUGCCCUUGCCAAGAAGAACGAGACUGACGGAGAGAAAUAAAUAGAGGGGUUUAAAUCAUCUUUCGUUAUGAACUAUACCUUUCAUUACUUUAAAUUCAGACAAAGGAAAAUUAUUUUCAGAUAAACUUGAAGAUGUUUUCAGACAAAUAAAAAUGUACUUCAGACAGUAGCCUGUUGUAUAUAUAUAUAUUAUAAAA